AAGAAAAGCAAGACAGAAGAAGGUAGAAUAAGUGAAACUUGACAAAUACAAUUCUCCUUUUAUAUCUCAUCAGUUAUGUACACGGUGCUUUCCACCCAUCUCUCUCCUGCAGGGAGUUUCUCUAAGUUUCUCCCAUCUCUGGUUAAUUGGUACCUCUGUCCCUAAAUCAAACCUGGUUCACAGGAGUUUCGGUCAGAAAAGAGAAGAAAAAUCAUCUUCACUGAAAACUCCGUUAUCUGCUCCAUAAGUAUAACACUUGCUCAGAAACCUUCAUCAUCAGUUCAUUCUUCCUAGUAAAUAAGUGAAAGUUUUAUUUUCCAAGACAAACACGGUGUGGGUUAAACAGCCUCUGUGAGGUCCGUUCUAUUCUAUUAUCUGAAAAUUUAUGGACUCUGUUCACAUUGAGCAACCUUCUGACAGAAGCAGCAAAUCACAUUAUCUGUGACAGCGAGUCCACCGCGGUUAAUAACUAAGUUAUAGCCCGUAGUGUUUAUCCAACUCAGUGGGGCGUUAAGGCAAACCAGAAGAGACGAGUGAUACGGUCCGCACACCCUCUGAUGCUCAGAGCGAUUCAGCCCCAGGACAGUCAAGUCACGAUGAAGCUGCGUACGCUGAGGCUGAGGAGCGCCUUGGUCCGAGAAUGUAUGGCUGAGUUCCUGGGAACAUUUGUCUUGAUGCUAUUUGGUUGCUCUGCAGCAGCGCAGGUAAAAACCAGCCGAGACACCAAAGGUCAAUAUUUGUCGAUCAACAUGUCCUUCUCUGUGGGGGUGAUGUCAGCCAUGUACCUGACCAAGGGGAUCUCAGGAGCCCAUCUGAACCCCGCAGUCACUCUAAGUUUCUGUGUCUUGAGGAAGGUGAAGUGGGGGAGGCUGGUACCGUACUGCCUCUCCCAAGUGCUCGGGGCAUAUGUGGCAUCGGCGCUGGCCUUCAUGGUUUACUACGAUGCUAUAAUGGAGUUUAGUGGAGGCGUGUUGACUGUUUAUGGCCCAAAUGAAACAGCAUCUAUAUUUGCAACGUAUCCAUCCCAGUACCUCACGUUAGGGAGGAGUUUCCUUGAUCAAGUAGUGGGGACUUUGUUACUGAUGCUGUGCAUCGUGAGUUUGGAGGAAAAGAGGAACACCCCCGCUCCAUCUGGUCUGAUUCCUCCAAUAGUUGCAACAAUUGUCCUCGGGAUCUCCAUGUCCAUGUCGGCUAACUGCGGAGCUGCAAUAAAUCCCGCUCGUGACCUGGGGCCACGCCUUUUCACUCUGACUGCAGGCUGGGGAACCGAAGUCUUUACGUGUUACAAUUACUGGUUCUGGGUCCCAAUAGUGGCUCCACUUAUUGGAGGCCCUUUGGGUUCUUGUCUUUACUUGGUCUUCGUCGAAUGGCAGCUGCCCACUCCAGAACUUCCUCAGGACAGGAGGACAACAGUCUCCACCAUCAGCAACAGCAUCAAAGAGCCGGCCACCAGCUGGGGAACAGGAGACAACUUAAAGUCAACAUAUUUUUAGUCACUGAUCGGUAGCAAAUCAAUACACAUGGCAUAAAAUAAUAAAUCUGACUGGUUGGUCGUAAAUUGAGGAUGUUCAGGUAUUUAUAGAUGCUGGUAAAUCGCACACGUCUUAAGAGCUUCUGUUAACAGAGUUAUAAUUAUUUCUUUUUCUCAAUAACUAUACACUUGCGGAAACAUUUUAGCACAAUCAUGCUGUUUGUUACAUUAAACCUCUGUGUAUUUCCAUUUUUCAAAACCAUGUUCCCACUUUGCCUCCCUGAUAUAAUCAGUGAAAUGGUUUCCUAGAAUGAAGCCGCGAUAUGAUUGAAGGGUUACCUGUCCAGGGUGUACCCUGCCUCUCAACAAAGAACUGGGGAGGCAGGGUGAGAUUUGGAGACACUGAUCCUCAUUCUGGCUGCCUCAUAGAUCGUAAUCUGAUGAAGCCAGUAGAACCAUAUCAUCUGUAAAGAGCAAAUACGCAAUCCUAAGGCCACCAAAAUGGAAUCCCCUCAAUAAUUUGUCUACACCUAGACUUUCUGUCCAAAGGGCAGACUUGGUGCGAUCCAACUCUCACUGGAAACCAUUCCAACUUACUGCCGGCAUCGUGGAUCAAUCUCUGGCACCGGUCGAACUGGGAAUUAAUAGCCCGUAUAAAAGGGCAUGGUACCCCAUACUUGACACACUAUUGUUUGGCGUUUCUUAAAUUAGUCAAUCCAAGAGUGCUACUCGUUUUCUUCGCAAUGACUGGCUCUAGCCUCUAGAGCAGAAAUGAGGAAGUUAACUUCUGCUAAGAUGGUUUCCAGGGUGCAUUUUACUGUAAAUAUCCUGUUUGAACUGUUCAAAUAAUCAGUUGUAUGUGUUUUCUAAGAGAGUUUCAGGUAUUCACAGAUAAUUGCAGGCAGCUAUCCAUGAAUAACAGGAUAGCUUGUCUAAUGAUACAAGAAAAAAAUAUAGUUUUUACGCAAACAUUUAGACAAAACACUUUAAAACUUACUCCUCGUGCUUUAAGACCUCAGGGGACUUUAGUGAGAAUUGUUUUGACUCGACCUGAAGUACAGCAAAGCAAUCUGAAGUGGCCCGUAAGAGGUGAAAAGUUUGAUCCAAUGUGUGUUUGUGUACAACAUAUUAAAGAGAAAAUUUUCAGUUUAUUAUAGUAGUGAUAUCUAGGAAACUUGUAUCGGUAGUGCAUUUUUCAUGUCAUUUUCCACACUAUGUAUAAAGCAAACAGCACCACGCUAUUAGACUGUGAAAAUUAUGCAUGUUGCAAACAAUAUAUACACUUUGAAUUUUAAGCUUUCUGAACUCAACCAGCAGAGGAAAAUGGGUAUUCAUUAAAGAAAUAAAGUUGUUUUUUUUUACA